ACGACAGCUCCGCCCCCCACCCCCCACCCCGUUGUGUGUGUGUGUGUGUGUGUGUGUGUGUGUUUACACACGCCCCAGAGCUCCAGCGUACAGAGUUUCACUUGGCGCAGGAGUGUGAGAUGUAUUAUUACAGAUAUGAGAACGCGGAGGUCAGCUGCUGUUACAAAUAUCUAAUGUUCAGCUACAACAUCAUUUUCUGGCUGGCCGGAGCAGCGUUUAUUGCCAUUGGAUUCUGGGCCUGGAGUGAGAAGGGUGUACUUUUGGACUUGACCCAGGUGACCCGUCUUCAUGGGUUUGACCCAGUCUGGUUGGUUCUGCUGGUCGGCAUGGUAACGUUCAUUCUGGGAUUUGCUGGCUGUGUGGGAGCGCUGAGAGAGAACAUCUGUCUGCUCCGCUUUUUUUCAGGUGUGAUUGGCUUUAUCUUCUUUCUGGAGCUGACGGCGGCCGUAUUAGCGCUGGUGUUUCAGGAUCCUCUGAGAAAGUGGAUCAGUGAAUUCUUCAUAGUGAAUGUUAAAGGGUACAGAGACGAUAUUGACCUUCAGAACCUCAUCGAUUCACUGCAGAGAGUGAACCACUGCUGUGGAGCAGACAGUCCGAAUGACUGGAACCAGAACGCUUAUUUUAACUGUUCACGGACAAACCCAAGCAGAGAACGUUGUGGGGUUCCCUUCUCCUGCUGCAUCAGUGACCCUGCGGACACUGUAGUGAACACGCAAUGUGGUUAUGACAUCAGGGAAUCUGAACCUGCGAAAUGGCCGAGUGUGAUCUAUGUGAAAGGCUGUGUUGCUGCUUUAGAAGAGUGGCUUCCGCGUAACAUCAACAUUGUAGCAGGAGUCUUUAUAGUCAUCUCACUGUUACAGAUGGUGGGAAUUUUUCUGGCUCGGAAUCUGAUCAGUGACAUUGAGAAAGUAAAAUUUAAUUAUUAACCAGCGGAAACCAUGAAAAGACCAGAAAGUCCAUAACCCUCCUGACCUUUAACAUUAAAGUGAAAUGUGUGUGUGUGUGAGAGAUGGAUGGAUGUGAAUCUCUGCAGUGCCUUUGAAGUUGUGUAUGUAACACACUCACAAUGUAACAACUGUCUAAUUUCACUCUCAGGUUUUAAAUCUGCAUUUUUAAUAUACCAGUUUGAUAUUUUUGCAGCGCUGCAGUUUCAUGUGAAUAUUCUUUAUUUCUUUGCUCUUGUUAGUUGAUCAGUGCAAAACAAUGUUAAUGGAUGCUGCAGAGAAAUGUAAUUAUUUGAAGGUGAAUGUGAGUUUUUUUUUGUUCUUCUGCUGCCUGAAAGCUGAACACGUGUUUCCUCGCCACGAAAUCUCUCUGGAAUUAAUUCUGUAUUCUUUCUGCAUCUUUUUUCCAAACCAAAUGCGAGUCCAAAUCCCGAGCUCAGCCACCAUACUGCUACUGAAGUAGCCUUCAAACAUUUAUACAUGUGGUCUAAAGCGUAUCUACUCGAGAUCUCUGUGGGCUCCGUCGAUGCCGGAAUGGACUGUGUGAGAGUUUUUAUGUGCUGUGUUAUAACCCUUGUAUAUUUACAUGUGAAAAAAAUUGCUUUUUUUAACGAAGGGAAAUUUCUUAAUAAAAUUGUUAAGAUACUAGAA